GUAGAGAGCCUGUGCUUGUUAAGAGCGAGGGAGAGCUCAUCAUUGAGGUCAGGUCCUUGUGUGCGGAGUCCUAUCCUGGUGCUCUCGGGGGAGGACAGGUGGGCCUCCCAGCCUGUUCCUGAUUCCUCACAGUUGCCUAUGGAAGCUCUAUUUCCCCAAACUUCUAACUUUUCCUGCCUUAUCUGAUUGUAUCUGGUAUUGUAUUCUGAGUCCAAGGAGGGCACGAGAAACUUCAGUUCCUAACAUGCUGCUAUGAGUGUUUCUUUCCUACUCUUCUCUUACUAAGAAUGCUUUACACGUGCCCACUGUUUUUCCUAAAAUGCGAUGAGCCACCAGGUGGCUUCUUCUACUUUCUUCUUCUACUUUCCGCACAGGUGGUUUUUCUUUGCUUGCUUUUUAAGCUCCUGUCUCUGAAUGCAUAUAGAUUAAAAGAGGGAUGGGACGAGGGGCGGACAGCAGCGAGGGUAACUGCAUAGCACCAAGAAUGACUCGCGUGUGUGUGGCUGGUAGUUUCCGAGUUCAGGUCCUGGAUGCUGGGAGGAGACAGCUGCCUGCAGGGUGGUCGCAGUUUCCAAGAACCUACUCAUGACGUUAGGUGAGGACUUACUGUACUUGAAAGAAAACCCCCAAAAGUAGGAAAUUUCAAAGCAUAACAAAGACUCUGCGGCUCUGGUGUGUGGCUUUGGUGGGAAUUUCAGCAGCGGUUCUGUUGAUUGUCCUGAUUGAUGCCACCACUUUUGAACACUGGCCGCCAUUGUGAAGUCCAUCAGAUGAUCGGGAACUACAUGUGGGACCCCAACACCAACAAGUCCUUUGACAUUGGCGUCAACAAAGACAGCCUGAUGCCUCUCUGGUGGAAUGGAUCAGAACCUCUGUGGGUCACUCUGACCAAGGCCAAAAGGAAGGUCUACAUGUACUACUGGCCAGGCUGUGAGGUUGAGAUUCUGGGUGUCAGACCCACCUACUGCCUAGAAUAUAAAAAUGUCCCAACGGAUAUCAAUUUUGCCAAUGCAGUCAGCGAUGCUCUUGACUCCUUCAAGAGUGGCCGGGCCGACCUGGCAGCCAUCUACCAUGAGCGCAUCGAUGUGGAAGGCCACCACUACGGGCCUGCAUCCCCGCAGAGGAAAGAUGCCCUCAAGGCUGUCGACACUGUCCUGAAGUACAUGACCAAGUGGAUCCAGGAGCGGGGCCUGCAGGACCGCCUGAACGUCAUCAUUUUCUCGGAUCACGGGAUGACCGACAUUUUCUGGAUGGACAAAGUGAUUGAGCUGAAUAAGUACAUCAGCCUGAAUGACCUGCAGCAAGUGAAGGACCGCGGGCCUGUUGUGAGCCUUUGGCCGGCCCCUGGGAAGUACUCUGAGAUAUAUAACCAACUGAGCACAGUGGAACACAUGACUGUCUACGAGAAAGAAGCCAUCCCAAGCAGGUUCUAUUACAAGGAAGGGAAGUUUGUCUCUCCUUUGACUUUAGUGGCGGAUGAAGGCUGGUUCAUAACUGAGAAUCGAGAGAUGCUUCCGUUUUGGAUGAAUAGCACCGGCAGGCGGGAAGGUUGGCAGCGUGGAUGGCACGGCUACGACAACGAGCUCAUGGACAUGCGGGGCAUCUUCCUGGCCUUCGGACCUGAUUUCAAAUCCAACUUCAGAGCCGCUCCUAUCAGAUCAGUGGACGUCUACAACGUCAUGUGCAACGUGGUGGGCAUCACCCCACUACCCAACAAUGGAUCCUGGUCCAGGGUGAUGUGCAUGCUGAAGGGCCGCGCAGGCACCGCCCCACCUGUCCAGCCCAGCCACUGCGCCCUGGCCCUGAUUCUUCUCUUCCUGCUUGCGUAACUGAUCGUAUUGCUUGUCCCAAAAAAAACACCAUCAGCAAAGUGGGCCUCCAAAGCCGGAUGAUUUGCAUUUUAUAUGUGAAUAAUAGCUUCAUUAACACAAUCAAGGCUGUGCACAUUGUAAAUAUAUUAUUCUUGGAUAAUUCUAUACAUAAGAGUUCCUACUUGUUAAAAAAGAUACAAACCUUGUUUUUCCAGAAAGUAGGAAAAUCCUAGCUUUCCAUUUCUUCAGUUAUAUGUCAUUUUCUCCUUUCUUUUCACGUUACUCAGGAUGAACUCUCUGAGCAGGGACCUGCUCCCGCAGCAACCAAACUUGGAGUGGAUAUUGUGGCUCUGGGCCCCUCUGUCCCAGCUUGCACAAAGGAGCCCCUCAGACCAGGCCCUUGUCUGUGCCCCGUCCCCAACCAGGAGCCAUCGUCAGUGUCUGUGGCCACAAUCCUGUACUGUUCCUUCCAACCCUGAUAAAAGGAGGUCUGCACGAAAGCAAAAGCUACUGUCUAUUUCUGACCCAGCUCAUGGGAUAUUUUCAUCUUACACUGAGCUCCAGAAAGGACGUAACUUAGCAUGGAUCACCAAUCAAUCAAAAAAUAAAUAAAUCACUAAGGAUUGGAGAACUCAUAGAACAAGGUGAAAGACACGAGUCCCCUCCCAAAGACUGAGUGCACGAAAAUUUCUCCCUUGACUUGAGGAGCAGAAAAGCUUCUGAUGGACAUGGGCUUCUGUGAGACUUAUCACACAUAGUACAUCAUGGCAUGAAGCCUGGCACAUAGCAGGCCCUGCAUGUUGAUGGACGAAUGGAUGGCCUGCCUGCCUUCCCUGCCCAUCCACCUGUGCAAAGGCUUCCUCAGACGCUGCCACUCUGUGGCUCCCAAUAUAGGGUGCAGACAAGAGCAAUCCCUGACAUGACAUUAUAGGCUGGGAAAGGGCUGGUUCACUGAUGAGAAUGUGGAGGCAUCAGCAAGGAUCUCAGUGGGUUGCUCGGAGAAGUGGUGCACUAAGCCUCAAUCCUGGGCACCAGUACCCCUGCAGCAUUGCUUGCUCAGCGACAGUCUUUGAGUGGCAUAGAAUUCCAAAGAAAAUGGUGCUGGGUGGAGAACAGAGAGAGCAUGAUGGAGCAGCAUCCCAGUCACUGACCAACUAACUGGUCGUUUGAUUAGGAAACAGUUUGGCCAAAGCACCACCUUUGAGACCUAAGUUCUUUUGAUACCUUUGAGAAGAGCCAUUGAGGCUGAGUUGAAAUAUUUUUAGCUUAGUCAUCUGUGCUAUAGGAGAACUUGUAACACAAGAAAUAACUGCCUUUUUACAUGAUCAUUCAUAUCUAUUUACAUAGAUAUACUUGCAUACACUAGUACUGCAUUAAAAAAUGAGUUUGGGCUGGGCACGGUGGCUCACACCUAUAACCCCAACACUUUCGGAGGCCAAGGAGGGACAAACGGACCCUUGAUGCCAGGAGUUCCAGACUAGCCUGGGCAACACAGGGCGACCCCCAUCUCUACAAAACAUAAAAGAAGAUUUUUAAAAAAUUAGCCAGGCAUGGUGGCACAUGCCUGUGGUCUCAGCUACUUGGGAGGCUGAGGCAGGAGAAUCACUUGAGCCCAGGAGGUCAAGGCUGCAGUGAGCUUUGAUGGCACCACUGCACUCCAGCCUGGGCAACAGAGCAAGACCCCAUCCCCUACCCCCCACCCCCAAAAAGAAAGAAAGAAAAAAAAAGUUUGCAUUGACUGAGGUACAUCUGCAAGUGAGUCUUUUUGUCAGGAAAAGGCAAUAUAUUAGGUCUCCUCUGGAAAAUGGAGGCCUUAUAUGGUGUGUUACCUUGAAAACUGAUUAUCAACAUUCACCUUGAUUCAGGAAGGCUGGGUGCUGUCUCCAUGCCAUGAAUCAUGAGAGCAAAGGAUCACUGCUUAAAAAUACUGAAUUUACCUUCACAAAAGAUUUCUAAAGAUUUAUGUAAUGUGUUUUAAAAGCGCCAGUAAACCAUCGGAUCAAUUGGAAAGAAGGCUACUCUUCAGCCUUUGUUAUCUAGCUGAAAACAAAUGAGAACUUUCAAAACAUUGGCAGUAGUUGUUGAAAAAGACAUCUAUUGUUCAAAGUUUCUUUCUCCUUAAAGGACGGUGUUCCAAUGAAUUCAGUGGAGCCCACUCUCCUCCAUUGUGGAGGAAGAAUCCCUAAGAGAUACUCAAAGGAUUACAUUAAAAGUGGAUCAUCAAACUCAGAUGACAUGAUUGUAUAUCUAGAAAACCCCAUUGUCUCAGCCCAAAAUCUCCUUAAGCUGAUUAGCAACUUCAGCAAAGUCUCAGGAUACAAAAUCAAUGUAAAAAAUCACAAGCAUUCUUGUACACCAAUCACAGACAAACAGAGAGCCAAAUCAUGAGUGAACUCCCAUUCACAAUUGCUUCAAAGAGAAUAAAAUACCUAGGAAUCCAACUUACAAGGGAUGUGAAGGACCUCUUCAAGGAGAACUACAAACCACUGCUCAAUGAAAUAAAAGAGGGUACAAACAAAUGGAAGAACAUUCCAUGCUCAUGGGUUGGAAGAAUCAAUAUCGUGAAAAUGGCCAUACUGCCCAAGGUAAUUUAUAGAUUCAAUGCCAUCCCCAUCAAGCUACCAAUGACUUUCUUCAUAGAAUUGGAAAAAACUACUUUAAAGUUCAUAUGGAACCAAAAAAGAGCCCGCAUCGCCAAGUCAAUCCUAAGCCAAAAGAACAAAGCUGGAGGCAUCACGCUACCUGACUUCAAACUAUACUACAAGGCUACAGUAACCAAAACAGCAUGGUACUGGUACCACAACAGAGACAUAGAUCAAUGGAACAGAACAGAGCCCUCAGAAAUGAUGCCGCAUAUCUACAACUAUCUGAUCUUUGACAAACCUGACAAAAACAAGAAAUGGGGAAAGGAUUCCCUAUUUAAUAAAUGGUGCUGGGAAAACUGGCUAGCCAUAUGUAGAAAGCUGAAACUGGAUCCCUUCCUUACACCUUAUACAAAAAUUAAUUCAAGAUGGAUUAAAGACUUAAAUGUUAGACCUAAAACCAUUAAAAUCCUACAAGAAAGCCUAGGCAAUACCAUUCAGGACAUAGGCGUGGGCAAGGACUUCAUGUCUAAAACACCAAAAGCAAUGGCAACAAAAGCCAAAAUUGACAAAUGGGAUCUAAUUAAACUAAAGAGCUUCUGCACAGCAAAAGAAACUACCAUCAGAGUGAACAGGCAACCUACAGAAUGGGAGAAAAUUUUUGCAACCUACUCAUCUGACAAAGGGCUAAUGUCCAGAAUCUACAAUGAACUCAGACAAAUUUACAAGAAAAAAACAAACAACCCCAUCAAAAAGUGGGCAAAGGACAUGAACAGACACUUCUCAAAAGAAGACAUUUAUGCAGCCAAAAAACACAUGAAGAAAUGCUCAUCACUGGCCAUCAGAGAAAUGCAAAUCAAAACCACAGUGAGAUACCAUCUCACACCAGUUAGAAUGGCCAUCAUUAAAAAAUCAGGAAACAACAGGUGCUGGAGAGGAUGUGGAGAAAUAGGAACACUUUUACACUGUUGGUGGGACUGUAAACUAGUUCAACCAUUGUGGAAGUCAGUGUGGCGAUUCCUCAGGGAUCUAGAACUAGAAAUAAAUACCAUUUGACCCAGCCAUCCCAUUACUGGGUAUAUACCCAAAGGACUAUAAAUCAUGCUGCUAUAAAGACACAUGCACACGUAUGGUUAUUGCGGCACUAUUCACAAUAGCAAAGAGUUGGAACCAACCCAAAUGUCCAACAACGAUAGACUGGAUUAAGAAAAUGUGGCACAUAUACACCAUGGAAUACUAUGCAGCCAUAAAAAAUGAUGAGUUCCUGUCCUUUGUAGGGACAUGGAUGAAACUGGAAAACAUCAUUCUCAGUAAACUAUCGCAAGGACAAAAAAUCAAACACCGCAUGUUCUCACUCAUAGGUGGGAAUUGAACAAUGAGAACUCAUGGACACAGGAAGGGGAACAUCACACUCUGGGGACUGUUGUGGGGUUGGGGGAGGGGGGAGGGACAGCAUUAGGAGAUAUACCUAAUGCUAAAUGACGAGUUAAUGGGUGCAGGAAAUCAACACGGCACAUGGAUACAUAUGUAACAAACCUGCACAUUGUGCACAUGUACCCUAAAACCUAAAGUAUAAUAAAAAAAAUAAAAAAAUUAAAAAAAAACUCGAGAGGCAUAAACUUAGACACAGUCUUGCAUUUUUGUCUUUCCUGAACUCUUUUGCCAUUUUCCUCCUUCACUAGUUCUGAAAAUCUGCAAGUUACAUAAUAAAACUUUAGAUAUUUGUCUGACAAAGUGUAAUUACUCAACUGAAUAAAUGACUGAGAACAAGUUACAAAAAGAAUCAUGAAUCCUGGUAAACAAGAAAGAAAAUUCAGACAUUGAGGGAAAGAAAUAAAGCUUUUUAUUUCAAUAAUGCA